UUAUACGGCCUAUUCUCUUUAGGCAAUUUGUCGUAGAUUUUCUGAUACCGCUGCAUUAACCGGUGGUCACAGUGUUUCAUUAGCAAAAAGGUGUUAUAUACCCUACGAUUCAUGUGUGUGAAGGGUGCAAAUUUGAAAUCACGGACUUGCUUAUGGAAUUUCGGAAAAUGUUUGGAAGAAUAUUUGGAAUAGUUCUAUGUUUCGCGGUUUCCGGUGCCGCAUUAGACCUUGAUUGCAAUGUAAAAGCAGACUUAUUUUUCGUCAUAGAUGGUUCUGAUAGCUUGUCCGACACUGAUUUCGCCAAGAGCAAACAGUUCAUGAUAGAGGUAUUGAGAGAAUUCGACGUCCAGUUAGACCGUAUCCAUAUGGGUGCAAACGUGUUUGGAACGGAUGUCUAUGACCGCAUACCUCUCCACGGUCCAAAUUUUGGAAAAAAUGAAAACUUCGCAAAAAUGAAAUACAAGCUCUUAGAAAAACGUAUGCAGAUACUCCGAAGAGUUCGGUCAGGAACGGCAACAUAUAAAGCUAUCAAAGAGAUGCGUGAGGAAUUCCAAGAACGAGGUCGCGCAGACGUCACUAAAGUUGGAAUCGUCAUAACCGAUGGUAAAUCUGUCAACCUGAAUGCAACAGCGCAGCAAGCACGUUCUGCACGUGAAGAGGGGAUUAACAUAAUUGCCAUUGGAGUCGGAGAUAACAUUUUCAAACAGGAACUGAUUAACAUCGCCAGCGCACCAACUUCUAUUUAUGAGACGGACAACAUCCUUGAUGUGGUGACAACAAUUCAGGACGCUAUCAAAGACUAUAUUUGUACCCCGAUUACAACAACAACUCCCACAACAGCGGCAACAACCACGCCCGAAAGUGACAGAUUAGAAGAUUUUGACUGCCCAGACUGUAUGAUAGAUGGUAAACAUGGAUAUACAAAUCAUCCUCACAGCUGUGAAAAGUUCAUACAAAUUAUAGCAGACGAGAAUGGUAAACGGACCUACAUUUCCAAGAAAUGUAGAGACGGGCUAUUUUGGGAUCAGUAUCUGUCCACUUGCAGACGACCAGAGCACGUGAAAUGUGAACAUGAUCCUUGUUUAAUAUCCGGGGUUGUAUCUUACGAUAUCGAGGAGCUUUGUAGCGGCUAUGUCAUGUGUGUAAAUAAGCAAAGCGUACGCGCUUGUUGUCCAAUAAACCACGCCUACGUUGCUGGAAAGGGGUGUGUUCUCAACCCCACGUGCAUGGACACGUGCGACGGAGAUGACGAGAAUCAUCUGAUACAUCCUGAAGUUUGUGACAAGUACCCGGAUACAACCGACAACCGGAAGUACAUCCAGUACGUAGAAGGUCAUGGCAACAUUUCAAUGUCAUGUCCGCCUGGAACAGUGUUCAACAAUGAAAGUUGCAACUGUGACGUUCAUGAUACUAGGCCAAAGACUGGGAAACUCGAUGACUGCAAUCCAACAGCAAAUUUUACAUUUGAGAAUGACUUCAGUGACACGGCAGGAGGAGCCUACGUCGGAACUCAAUUUGUCGAGUUGCUCAACGGGCAUGCGCAGUUCACCGGAAACGGUUUGAUGAAUAUUUAUAGGUUUUCUAUGGAUUCUUUCGCACAGAAACUGGUCCUCCGUAUCCGAUUUAGGCCAUCAGCAUCAGGCAGGAGUAACGAAGCCCUCCUAACAAACUGUGUUUACAGCGAAGGAGAAAAUCCGAGUAUUUCUAUCAGGGUCGUGCGAUCGUCUUCUGCAACUACCAUUGUCUUCUCAGCCGUCACAGGCACAACUUUAGCUUUAGAAACACAGCAAGUCGCCAUCCCACUGAGAAAUGCUAAUGUAUGGAAUGAAGCGACAUUCAUGUAUGAUGGCAGCAAAUUGUAUGGUAUAAUUGAUGAUGGAACAGGCCCAGCAAUGGUCCAGUCAGCACCACUUAUUGGCGAUAUUCUGAUCAGAAAGAGUGGAGUGAUUCUUGGAGCCGGCAGUCAGUUAGAAUCAUAUACAGGAGAUGUUGAUGAGUUCCAGUUGUAUAAAUGUUUUCCGGCCUAUGUAGAAGGUUACAGAUCCUGAUGGAGUCAGUUCAGAGGAAACUUACAUUCUUAACUUUCAUUAAAUCACAAAUAACAAGAAACUGUACAGUUUUACAUCGUUUGAGUGUUAACCAAUGUAGCUGAAUAUUCGACAAACAUUUAAAAUUUGAGUUUUACAGCCUAAAUUACUACGCUGCUCAAAGGCACUGACAAUAAAAUAUUACUGACUGUUCCUUAUCACGUGACUAUUCCUUAUCACGUAUUUUCUUAAUUUU